CACCACUGACUUUCGAUGUUUCUCGGUAGGAACCAUUAAAAAUUAAAAAUAUAUAAAAAAAAAAUCAUCUUCUCCAUCCUAAAAUUAACAAGAAAUAAAUUACUAACAAAAAUAUUAUAAUUAUUUCCUCCAAUCCAAACUAACUUUGUUGAGAUCUGUCGGAGCCACCGGAGAAGAAGAAACCAAUUAUCUAUCCUUGCUUCCGGUUAUGAGGAAGAGGUAAAGAAAGAAAGGUGAUGAUAGAUAUUUGUUAUUAUUAUAUAAAAAGAUAAUAAUAAUUGUUUGAUGGGCAAUACAUGCCGUGGAUCUUUGAAAGGAAAAUACAUCCAGGGCUUCACCCAGCCCGAGUCCGACACUUCCAAUUCCAAUUCGAAUUCCAAACAAUCUCCCAAAACCACUCAUCACCCUCCACCCUUCAACUUCACCACCACCGCCAUGCGUCGUACUGCCGAUAACCAGACUUAUUAUGUCUUGGGUCAUAAGACUCCCAACAUACGUGAUCUAUACACUCUUGGCCGCAAACUCGGUCAAGGUCAAUUCGGUACUACUUUUCUAGCUGUUGAUAAUUCCACCUCUAUUGAGUAUGCUUGCAAAUCUAUUUCCAAGAGGAAGCUUAUUUCUAAAGAGGAUGUCGAGGAUGUCAGGAGGGAAAUUCAGAUUAUGCAUCAUUUGGCUGGUCAUAAGAAUAUUGUUACCAUUAAGGGUGCUUAUGAGGAUUCACUUUAUGUUCAUAUUGUUAUGGAGCUUUGUUCCGGGGGUGAGCUCUUUGAUCGGAUUAUCCAGAGAGGUCACUAUACGGAGAGGAAGGCCGCCGAGUUGACCAAGAUUAUUGUUGGUGUUGUCGAAGCUUGUCAUUCUCUUGGAGUUAUGCAUAGAGAUCUCAAGCCUGAGAACUUUUUGUUGGUCAAUAAAGAUGAUGAUUUCUCUCUUAAAGCUAUUGACUUUGGCCUCUCCGUUUUCUUCAAACCAGGUCAAGUUUUCACUGAUGUAGUUGGCAGCCCAUACUAUGUUGCUCCUGAGGUUCUCCUCAAGCAUUAUGGACCUGAAGCAGAUGUGUGGACCGCGGGUGUCAUACUUUAUAUAUUGCUCAGUGGUGUGCCACCGUUUUGGGCAGAGACCCAGCAGGGUAUAUUUGAUGCGGUAUUGAAGGGACAUAUAGAUUUUGAAUCAGAUCCAUGGCCUUUAAUAUCGGAUAGCGGAAAAGAUCUUAUUAGAAAGAUGCUGUGUUCUCGGCCUUCUGAUCGAUUAACUGCCCAUGAAGUUUUAUGUCAUCCUUGGAUAUGCGAAAAUGGCGUUGCCCCUGACAGAGCAUUGGAUCCUGCUGUGCUUUCUCGUCUCAAACAGUUUUCUGCAAUGAAUAAGCUAAAGAAGAUGGCUUUACGGGUAAUUGCGGAAAGUCUAUCCGAGGAGGAAAUUGCUGGUUUGAGAGAAAUGUUUCAGGCUAUGGAUACCGAUAGCAGUGGUGCAAUCACUUUUGAUGAACUCAAAGCUGGUCUAAGAAGAUAUGGGUCUACCCUUAAGGAUACAGAAAUACGCGAUCUUAUGGAAGCGGCUGACGUGGACAACAGUGGAACAAUAGAUUACGGGGAGUUUAUUGCUGCAACAGUUCAUCUCAACAAACUGGAGCGUGAGGAGCAUCUUGUUGCAGCAUUCCGAUAUUUUGACAAGGACGGAAGUGGUUAUAUUACAGUUGAUGAACUUCAACAAGCUUGUGCAGAACAUAACAUGACUGAUGUUUUUCUUGAAGAUAUUAUCAAGGAAGUUGAUCAAGAUAACGAUGGAAGGAUUGAUUAUGGUGAAUUUUCUGCCAUGAUGCAAAAAGGCAAUGUUGGGGUUGGUAGGAGGACUAUGCGCAACAGUGUGAAUUUGAGCAUGAGGGACGCACCGAGUAGCUUUUAGUUGUGCUCAUUGUGUGCAGAUGGCUGGAAUAAACAUAUAGUCAAUGGAUGGCAGUCAAUUGGAUGUUAUUAUGAAGUUCUGAAUCUCUGAGACCCAAUAUGAUCUUGUUAUUCUUGAACCUAAAUAACCAGAAAUGAUUUCGUGAAGCUCAGUUAUUGGUUCAUUACAUUUUGAGUCUCAUCAUAUGCUGGUGGCUCUUGAAUUGAGUUUGAUGUUAGAUUUAAAUUCUGAGGGUGAAGAAGACAGAACUAAGAGCUUCUAUCCUAUAAGUGAAACUAUGUUAAGAGUUACCACUUAUUGAUUGUAGUAUAGAGAUGAAAAAAUUAAACAUCAUUCUGUCUCUGUAAAAAUAUAAGUGAAACUCGAGAACUCUUGUCACGUUUGUUUCAUUUUUAAAUGAAUAUGGUGUUAGACAUCUUUUAUUUCAUAAUUUGAGAAUAACUAGUUAUUAUUUCUAUAAAAAUAUAAGUAGAACUAUGAUGCUAUUAAUAUGUGUAAAUAUUCUUAAAUUAGUGUACUUGAGUGAUAAAAAUUAUCCAAGCACUCCAGACCCGCCUUGUCCAAUUUUUUUGAUUUGGAAUGUGUAUGAUUCCCUGACAAAAUUUAUUCAUGAUUUUGGAAUAAGUAAAAUAGUUGGCAGAAUACUGGCAUAUAUUUGGAGGUGUAUCUAGUGUAGUGGCGUCCCUCAACCCUAAACCCUAAGGCUAUGUUUGGGAGUUUGGAGUGGAAGGGAGGGGAGGGCUUUGAAAAAUAAGAAGAAUUGGGUGAAAAGGAUAAAAAG